UCAGUUUUCAGUUUCGGUCGAAAGCCAAAGGCGAGCGGUUGUUCGAAGCACUGCUCCGCUUUAGUUCUUCAUCGGUAUUACCAGUUUUUUACGUGAAUCACCAAAAAAAAAAAAAUAAUAAUAAAAACCAAAAAACUCUCAAUACUCUGUAGUUCUGUGAACUCUUUCCACACCCAUACAUACAUACAUAGUUGGCGAAUUUUUUUUUGAGUGCAUAACGGUAGUGCAGGAACAACACAUGACCACAAUGCCACCGGAAAUGUCCGCAGCAACGGCCAAUCCCGUUGGCGGUACCGCCAGUGCGCCGACGAGCGGUACAGGCCAUCCCGCUGCCGUCGGCGGCGGCGCCAGGCCACGCGAUUCUCCGCCCGGCGGUGCUUUGCCGGCGGCCAUGCCAGCCGGAGCGGUGGCAGCCACCACCACCACAACCACCACACAGGCCACCCGAUCCCGGUUCAUGAUCACGGAUAUCCUGGCGGGAGCAGCGGCUGCUUCGGCGGCGGCGGCAGCAGCAGCGGCGGCUCUGGCGGCGGCCGGGCGUGGCAGUCCCCCAGAUCCGCAGGACAGGGACCCGGUCCUGCACCACCAACACCAACACCACCAUCAACAGCAGCAGCAACAGCACCACCAGCAGCAUCAGCAACAGCAGGCUGCACUGCAGCAGUAUAUCGUGCAACAGCAGCAACUGCUGCGCUUCGAGAGGGAGCGGGAAAGGGAGAGGGAGCGUGAACGGGAACGCGAGUCCCGGGAGUCCCACCAUCCGCACCAUCCUUACCACCCAAUGCUGCACCACUUUCCGCCCGCCCACUACGGCCUGCAGCAUUCGCUGAGCCACCAUCCGCACCACCUGCAACAAAUGGAGAGGGAUCGCCUGGAGGCGCUGCACCGCCACGGCCUGCCCCUGGAGCCCCAGUCGCACCACCACCAGCAGCAGCAGCAGCAACAACAACAACAACAGCAGCUGCAGCAGCAACACCAUAUUAACCACCAGCAGCAUCCCAGCCACCACGACGAGCGGUCAAGAUCGCCUCUCAUGUUGCAGCAACUGGGUGGUUCCAACGGCAGCAACAACAACAAUAACAACAAUAAUGGCAGCAGUGGCAACAACAACAAUGUCUCAAGUGGCAACAAUAACAACAACAAUGGCAGCAUACUGCUGGGAGGGGCAGGAAGCAGCAUCAGUGGCGAUCAGGCCAGUACCAUCGAUGACAGCGAUAGCGACGAUUGCGGCGGCAAGGACGACGACGGCGAGGAUAGCCUGAAGAACGGCAGCUCCGCCAACGGAGACUCCUCCUCCCACUUGAGCCUCAGCCUGAGCAAGAAGCAGCGCAAGGCCAGGACCGCCUUCACGGACCAUCAGCUGCAGACCCUGGAGAAGUCCUUCGAGCGGCAGAAGUACCUCAGUGUCCAGGACCGCAUGGAGUUGGCCAAUAAGCUGGAGCUGAGCGAUUGCCAGGUGAAGACCUGGUACCAGAAUCGAAGGACCAAGUGGAAGCGUCAAACGGCAGUGGGCCUGGAGCUCCUGGCCGAGGCCGGGAACUAUGCCGCCUUCCAGCGCCUCUACGGCGGUGCCACGCCCUACUUGAGCGCCUGGCCGUACGCGGCCGCUGCCGCCGCCCAGUCGCCACACGGCGCCCCGCCCUCCGCCAUCGAUAUCUACUACCGCCAGGCGGCCGCCGCUGCCGCCCUACAGAAGCCCGCCCUGCCCGCCUCCUACCGCAUUCCGUAUCCGUCGAGCAUGCCGCCCGGCAUGGCGCUACCCGGCAUGCCAGCCCCGCCGCCCCCCGGCGCCGCACCCAUGCUGAGCGGGUAUUAUGCCGCCGCCGCUGCUGCGGCCGCCUCUGCCUCGGCCUCUGCCUCCGCCGCUCAGCCGCUGAGCCGCUCGCCGGCGACGUCGCAGAGCGCCAACAGCGAAGCUGACUGCGAACGGGCGCCCCCCAGUCCGCCCCUCAACCCGGGCAGUCCGCCGCGCCGGAACCUGGUCGAGGAGGAGGACCAGGAGCGAGAGGAGGAGCGCGAGAGGGAGCGAGAACGGGAGCGCGAGGAGGAGGACGACGAGGAACUGGCCCUGGAGGUCUAAGUACAGUCGCCUCUCCCUAAGCUGGAUCUCACAAACAAAACAGCAGGGGCUCUAUUCAAGACCUUUGGAAUGGGGCAGUUUUUCAAAUAAAUUUUAAAAUUCUUAAUUUUUAAAGAAAUAUUUAAUGAAAAAAUUCCUUAAGAUAUUAUUUAAAAAAAAAAAGGUUUAACCUUCACUCUCUGAGUUCUAAAAAGUAACAAAUAUUUUAAGUUAAAUCCACAAUUCAGGUAGAAGAAAGCUUCAAAAAAAAAUCAAUUUCGAAAAUGGCUUAAAUAUUUUUUGAAACUUGAUAUCUAUAUUUCCAGUAUUAGCCUUUCCCCAUUCUCAGCUGUCGCUACGAAUAGCCCCCCCAUAGAUAUUGUGUAUAAACCAAGAACGUAAAAAAUAAUCUUAAAAUUAAAAAACAUUUUUUUUUUCUACAUUUAAAUCUUAGCUUAGUGAAAAUUUUGUAAAUUUUUGUAAAUGAUUUUUGUACAUACGCAGCAGACCAACAAAAAAAAAACAAAAACCA